AUGUCGUCGUGGGAGGAAGUCAAUGAUUCAUUGAAAACUUUAACCGUCGCUGAACAAAAUGCGAUUCGAAGUGUUUUGGAAAAAGAUUUGGAGUUUCAGCAAUUGGAGCAGAAUCGAAUACGGUACCAAAAAGUUCAGGAUUUAAAAAAAAAAUAUUUUUUUUUGUAGCUCGCUAUCAACUUCAGUUCAAAUCAAAAAAUUGAGUAUUGGCGGUUCGGAAUCGAGUGAAAGUGGAUUGUCGAGUCCGGGAAAUAUAUCACAGGGAAGAACUUCACCACUUCCAAAAUGGAAUACUCGAUCGUGUUCAGUUUGUUCAGCGACAUUGGGUUAUAUUUUGAAUAGUGGAACGAAGUGCAAAAAAUGUGGAAUAGCGUUGUGCGAAAAAUGUGCGAUGGUUGUGAAUCCGGCGAAUAAACAGCAGAAACAUUCGCUUUGUCCAAUUUGUUUUGAUGAACGGUGAGUUGAGUUAGAUCUAGAAGUAGCCAAGUUGUGUUGCUCAUGUUAAUCUACAGUAUCACUAGACUUAUUUGGACUCAAAAUAUUCCUCUUGAGGAUUUGAACCGAUUUACAUUACCACCAUUAGAGCUGAGUUUUCAUUAACAUGAGCAAUGCCCUUUUUUAUGCAAAAAUUUGUUUUUUUUGGUAUGACUCAUGUUAAUCUACAGUAUCACUAGGCUUAUUUGGACUUAGAAUAUUCCUCUCAAUGGCUUGAAGCGAGUUUUCAUUAACAUGAGCAAUCUUUAUUACUCAUGUUAAUCUACAGUACUGAAUAGGCUUGUUUGAUCUCAAAAUAUUCCUACAGUAGUUUGAAGGAACAUACACUCGCGCUAACGCGCUCGGAAAACAUUGCUCAUAUCAGUCUAAGCUUAUUCGCGCUCAAAAUAUUUCCCCUUGAGGUCCUGAAGCGAUUCAGAGUAUUUAACAUGUGCAAUUCCCAUUUUUAUACAAAAAAUUUCUUUUUUUUGGCAUUGCUCAUAUUAAUCUACAGUAACAUCAGACUUGUUUACAAUUAAAAUAUUUCUGCAGAAUAUUAUAAUAUUGCUCAUAUUAGGAUUUUGGGAACUCAAAUAUUUAUUUCAAAACAGGUUUAUAAUGUUUCAACAUGUCGUAACUGAGGAUGAGACUUGAUUCGUCUUAUAUUUUUUCCAAAAACUCAAUCGAUCAAUAAAUUCCGCACAUAUAUUUUUAUCAAUAAUGAUAAUAAAAAGUGUGUAACCAACAUAUUCAGAAAAUGUCAAUAUCCCAAUCUAAAACAUAAAUUCUAUGAUUGUUCACUCCAUAUUUAUUAUUCAAAAUGAAACUAACCCAAUGUGCAAAAAGUCCAGUAUAAUUUUCAAAAAAUAAAAGUUUCAUCUGAUAAAUUUGAACUAUAACAAUACACGGGAGAUGCGAAACAAGAAGUCGUAAUAUUUUCUAAAAAAAACAAUGUUCUCAUUCAGAAAGUUGAUAAAACUUACAGUCUCAUCAUUUUUGAUAAGUAAUUUCUUAAUUUUCAAAUGUGUUAAAUAAGUUAACACUAUAAAAAUAUAAUCAGUUGAAAAUCUAAAAACUACAAUAAUAUAUCUUAGUGGAAGUUGUGAAGAGGGUUGUGCAAUCCACAUUCCCUCUUUAUUUAAAAUGUAAAGCACAACCAAAGUUUUAGUAAAGAUUGUAAUGAUGACUGAAGUUAGAAUAAUUGAAAGUAUAUAAAUAUUGAUAUAGAAUCUAUUCCAAAUCUGAUUAUAACACAGAAAUGUUGAAGUAUAUCUAUUGAUUGCUAUUGCAAUAUUCAAAAACAUAACAGAUAAAUAAGUAAUAAAAUGCAAAAUAUAUAAAAAUUGAUCGAUAUUGAAGAGCAAUGACCAAUUUGUUAAAUCAAUUAUAAGUGAUAUUUCAUAAGAAUACCAUGAUAGAAAAUUGAAAAUACCAAUGACAAAAAAUAAAUAGUAAAAUGAACUUGUUGAGGUUCGAGAUUUGACUAUGGAUAAAACUAGCAAGUUUGCUGAAUUUAAGAUUAAUCUUGGAAAAAAACCAAAAGAUACAUAAUUUGGAAUUGGAUUCAUUGGUAAGUUAUCAAUAGUAUCUGUUUCAUUGUAAAUCAGAGUAUAGAACAAAUGAUAUUCGGUCACCAUUUCUUACAUUCAGAUAUGUUUUUUAUUUAUUCCAAGAGAAAAAGGAAAAAUAAAAUUACAUGUUUCAUCUCACAUGGCUCAUUGAAUUUUAUUUUAUCUGAGGAUAUGAAGCUCAAAAUACUCCUACAGUAAUUUAAAGGAACAUGAGAUGCUGUAAAUUAUUUUAAAGGAUUUUUUGGACUCAAAAUAUUCCUCAUAAGGUCUUGAAGCGAUUUACAUACAGUAACAGCACAUUUAUCCUAUUUGAAUUUUUAUUAACAUGAGCAAUGCUAAGUUUUUUAUUCACAAAAUUGUUUUCUUUGGUAUUGCUCAUAUUAAUCUACAGUACCACAAGGCUUGUUUGAUGUCAAAAUAUUGCUACAGUAAUUUAAAGGAACACUCGCGCUAACGCGCUCAAAAAAACAUUGCUCAUAUUAGUUUAGGCUUAUUCGGUCUCAAAAAAUUCCUCUUGAGGUCCCAAAGUGAUUAAGAGUAACAUGAGCAAUGAGAAAUAAUUUUUCCAGCGAAUUGUCAGCAGCGAAAAACGAAUGGGUUCAAGGAUCCGACGAGAUGACAUCGGAAAAACUCCUAAGUGCCAUGAAAACAUCCGACAAACGGAUGAGCGUUCAAAUUUGCUCGCCAAACAUGCCACGAGGAGGCCGUGCACCUUACAAGAGGAAUCUAACACUUCCAGCGAUUCAGACAAAUUUCUUGAGCAUUCCUGAUGAAGCUCAAGGUGCUCAACAACCACAGAAUAUGAAUAUUUCUCCAAAGUUUUGGGGAGGAUCACCAUCUCCAAGAAGUCCAAGAUCCAUUGUUUCAUCUGGAAAUUCAUGUGAGUUAGGCUAACUUUGAAUUCUAAAAAACAUUUUUGUUUGUAGCUAUGGUAAGUGUAUACGACGCAACACCUGGCUCUGAUUCACUUCGAGCAAUUCAUCCGAGAGAACCGAUCGGAAGUCCAGCACCUCGCCCAAUGUCAAGCACUCCACUUUGUGGUGUCCCGGAAAAUGAGACAACUAAUGAUAUGGUAUAUUGAUUUAUUGAUUAGUUAUCGUCGAAGUGGAAACAUGUCUACUUCUUCAGUCGCGUGCGGCUGUGCGUCGCGGUCGAAAAAUCUUUUUUCGUUCUCCGAUCGCGACGCACAAAAAUCUUUUUUUUUCUUUUUCCGACCGCGACGCACAGCCGCACGCGACUGAAGGUUUUCAUUUUUUAUGCCAGCUUCAUUUUUCAACUUCACAAUAUCUAGUAAACUAAUCUGUUUUUAGACACCUCUUCCAAACGUCGAACGUCGUCGAAGUGCAUUUGAGGGAAGUCGGAGGUCAGGAAAACUUCGUCGACAAAGUGAAGCGCCGGUUCCAACUUUUCGCUUGAGCAUGUGCUAAUUUUUCUGAGCUUCUUCUACUUUUUUUUGAAUCGGACUAGAGGUCACAAAAUUUGAUAGCUAUGACGUGGAUUUUCUGCUUGGUUACAAAUUUUUGUGAAAAUCCGGUCCGAUUGAAAAUCUCUUCCUAUUUUUCUUCCCGUUUGUCUACUUAUUUUAACCCGAAUUCCGAUUUCCAACUCAUAAAUCGCUUUUUUUCGGGAUAUUUUGGGGGGGGGGCUUUAAUCGGGUCAAAACGCCAAAAGUUGAUGCUGACGUAUUUUUGAUAGUCUACAAAAUUUGCGCCAUGAAAAAUGCUGCAAAAUGAGCCCAAACUUGAUGCUGACGUAUUUUUUGUAGAUCAAAAAAAUGCGCAAAGAAACUUUGGGCUAAAUUUGAUGCUGGCGUAUUUUUUGUAGAUUUUUGUAGUCCGAUUACUGUACCGAACUGCAAAUCUCAUUUUCACUUUCAUCCUGAAUUUUGUAGUCUGAUUACUGUACCGAACUGCAAAUCUCAUUUUCAGUUCCAUCCUAAAUUUUGUAGUCUGGUUACUGUAUCAUCUUAGAAAUCCAUGGCUCAAAUUUGAAUAUGAGUUAUGACGUGGCAAAGAGUUUCCUGGGGCACGGUUUGCCACGUUAUAACCCAGACUUCAGCUAACUAGAUUAUGAUUUUUGGAAAAUAUAUUUUCAAAUUUCAAAAAUCCUAUUUUCUAAACUCAUAUUUUGCCACGUCAUAACUUUGUUCCAGAAAAUUUCUCGAAGCAAUUUUACAAUUCGAUCGUCGAUUAAUGAUUUUCAUAGUGCAUGUUCUAACAGUUCGCACAGAAAAAGAGCCAAUAAAUGAUGAAAUUUCAUGGGUGGAAGUGGAAUUCCGACAAAAAACGUCCAAAACAAUAAUGCGACAUAAGAGUGUGAAGUGGCGAUCGAAAAGUUUCGAACCGAUUUUGUGCCAAAAAAUCAACGAGAUUUUCAAAUAUCCACGUGUUUCGGAGAAUUUUCUCAACGAAGCUUAUUUGAAAUUCACGUGUUAUGUUGAAUAUGAAAAUGAUGCGAAAAGUGUUUAUGAGGUUUUUGAGUCAAAAAAAAAAUUUUUUUUUAAUCAAAAGAUUUUUAGGGAUCAAUCAUUCUCAAAGAUCUGAUUGGCAAGAAAAACGAUGCAAAAACGUUCAAAUUUGUUGAGCUGAAUCGAAUGCAGAUAUGUGAGAUUUUCAGAUUUCAAAAAAAUUGAACAUAUUUUUUGUAGAUAGCAUAGAAGAAGAGGAGCCUGAUAUUUCUGCAGAUGAAUACGAUUGGAUAAUAUCAUGUUGA